AUGGGGGGGGGGGGUGGGGGGGGGGUGGGGGGGGGGGGGGGGGGUAGGGGGUUUUGGGGGGGGUGUGGUGGGGGUGGGGGGUGGGGUGGGGGGGGGUGGUGGGGGUGGGGGGGGGGGUAUGGGGGUUGGGGGGGGUUGGUUGAUGGGGGUGGUUGGGGGUUUGGUUUUUUGGUGGUGGGUUUGUGGGGGAGGGGGGGGGGGGGUGGGGUGUGGGAGGGGGGGGGGGGGGGUUGGUGUGGGGGGGAGGUGGUCGGGGGGGGGGGGGGUGGUUGUGGUUGUGGGUGUGGGGGGGGGGGGGGGGUUUGGGGUUGGGGGGGGGGUUGGGAUGGGGUUGGGGGGGGGGGGGGGGGGGUGGGUUGGGGGGGGUGGGUGGUUGGGGGGGGGUUGUGUGGGUGGGUGGGGGUGGGGGGGGGGGGGGGGGGUGUGUUGGGGGGGGGGGGGGGUGUGGGUUGGUGUGGUGGGGUUGGGGGGUUUGGUUGUGAUUGUUUUGGGUGGGGGGUGGUGUGUUUUUGUGGGUGGGGUUGUGGUGUGGGGGGGGGGGGGAUGUGGGUUUGUUUUGAUGGGGUGGAGGUGGGUGGGGGGUGGGGGUGGGGAUUGUUGAUGGGGGGGGGGGGGUGGGGGGGGGUUGAUUUUUUGGGGGUUGUGGGGGGAGUGGGGGUGGGGGGGUUUGUUGGGUGGGGUGGUGUUGGGGUGGUUGGAGGAUGGGGGGUGUUGGGGGUUGUGUGGGGGGGGGGUAGUUGUUGGGGGGGGGUUUGGUGGGUGGGUGGUUGGUUUGGUGUUGGGUGGUGGGGGGAUUGUGGGUUUGUGUGGGGGGGUAUAGGUUUUGGGGUGGGAGGAUGUAUUGGGGGGGUUGGGUUUGUGGUGGUGGGGUGUUUUGGGGUUAGUGGUUGUUUGGGGUGGGGGGGGGGGUUGUGGGGUUGGUAA